ACACGAUGAAUGUUCCACACGGGUCGGCAGUAGCGAACCAGAGAGUGUCAGGCACUUGUUGGGAGAUAUUUCAAAAGCCGGCUGGGCUUUCCACCCACCAAAACGAUCGGUCGAGCAACUUCCUUCUCGUUCAUCAGCCGGCCAUCUAUCGUCAGCAAUCAGCAGGCCUAGCUAGCUACAUGAAGAUCGUGUGCGACGCGUGCGGGCGGGCGGAGGCGGCGGUGCUGUGCUGCGCCGACGAGGCCGCGCUCUGCCGCCGCUGCGACGUCGCCGUCCACUCCGCCAACAGGCUCGCCGGCAGGCACAGCCGCGUCGCGCUGCUCCCGUCCACCACCACCACCGGCCCUUCGCCCGACCUCGCCGUCGACGGCACCGGCAGCCACCACCCCGCCUGUGACAUCUGCCAGGAGAAGACAGGCUACUUCUUCUGCCUUGAGGACCGCGCCCUGCUGUGCCGGCCCUGCGACGUCGCCGUCCACACCGCGGGCGGUGCCCACGUCGCGUCCCACAGGCGCUUCCUCAUCACCGGCGUCCGCAUCGGCGGUGGCGUUGAGUGCCACAACGUCCCCGGCGUGGACGCCGCGGCCGGCGUCGUGAGCCCAAGCACCAGCAGCGGCAACGGGAGCAGCAGCGCUCCCAGCGGCGGCAACCCGUGGUCCAUGCCCGACAAAGAGCGGCGGCCAUCGUCGUCGGUCGGAGCAGAGGCGGCGAGAGAGGGCCUCGGCGAUCAGCAGUGGCCGUGGAGUGAGUUCCUGGCCGAUGACGCUGGCCUUGGCAUGGAGCUUUGCUGCCCUGCUGGCCUCUCUGAACCUGGCUCGUCCAGCCUGACUGGAUGACGACAUGUUCCGAGAUCAUUAAGCUGAAAAUUAUUCCUGGGCAUCAGCUGAUCCAAGAAGUGUAGUAUCAGAUGAUUUGUUAGCUUUAGCCUCCUGAACCGUCAAGUGCUAGAUUCUUGAGGAUUAACAAAUAUAAAAUGGUAAUUGCAACAGGAAAUUGACAUUCAUUGAA